AUGAAGAAACUGAAAUUUCUGAUGAUAUACAAUCACGGUACAAACAAGGCAAGAGUGAAAGGUCUAGAUGUCUUAUCAUCACUCACUCAACUCAAGAGUGUCCGCUUGGAGAGGUCGAUUUUACCCUUUGUUGAAAAACAUGGCAUUGAAGAACUGCAGAACAUCGAGAAGCUAUCUUUGAGCUUAUCUGAAGGAUUUAAAAAUAUAUCCACAUUUACCAAGCUACAAGAUUUUAGCCUGGACCACAGCAAUGAUUUGGAGUUACCUCUUGGUAACUGCAAUAUGUCCUCCACUCUGUCAUGCUCUAUUACCAACUGCCAUCAGCUUCAAAUUUUACCAUAUGAUUUUGGAAAUAUAAGCAAUCUGAGAAUGUUGAGGUUAUCAGCAUUACCACGCCUGGAACAGCUUUCCGUGUCAACUGGGAAACUUGUACAGUUGGAAUAUUUAGACAUUUCACUAUGCGAGGGCUUGAAAGAACUUCCAAAGGAAAUAGGCCAGCUCAAGAAAUUGAGAGAGCUUGAUAUGAGAGAGUGUACUCGUUUGAUGGCGCUACCUUCAACUGUUUGUUACCUGUGA